CAUGUGGGUCGCGCUGCGGGGCGUGCUGCGGGCGGGCGGGGCCUUGCGCACCGCCUCCCCCCGCCCCAUGGCGGCCCCCGGGCCUGGGGGGGGCGGCACGGCCGGUAUCAUCGUCAUCGGUGACGAGAUCCUCAAGGGCCACACGCAGGACACGAACUCGUUCUUCAUGUGCCGGCGGCUGCGCGCUCUCGGCGUGCGCGUGGCCCGGAUCUCGGUGGUGCCCGACGACGUGGAGGCCAUCGCGGGGGAGGUGUCCUCCUUCGCCUCCCGCUUCACCUUCGUGCUCACGUCGGGGGGCAUCGGCCCCACGCACGACGAUGUGACCUUCGAGGCUGUGGCCAGGGCCUUCGGGGAGCAGAUCGCUCCCCACCCCGAGCUGGUGGCACUGGUGCACCGGCUCUUCGGGGCGACGGAUGCCCAGCGCCCCGAGAUGAAGCUGGCGCGGGUCCCGGCAUCCUCCCGUCUCAACUAUGGUGUGGGCAGCGCCUUUGAGUACCCGCUGGUCAGCGUGCGCAACGUCUACAUCUUCCCUGGCAUCCCGGCGCUGAUGGAGCGCGCCCUGGACGGCUUCGCCCACCUCUUCCGCAGCGAACAGACCCGGUUCCACUCCCGCGCCAUCUACGUGGCGGCCGACGAGGUGCUCAUCGCACCCGCGUUGGACAGGGUCAAUGCUGCCUUCCAGGGCCGGGUCAGUCUGGGCUCCUACCCGGACUGGGCCAGUAACUACUACCGGGUGAAGCUGAUGCUGGACUCGGAGUCGGAGCAGGACCUGGAGGAAGCGCAUCGCUUCUUGAUGGAGGAGCUGCCGCCGGGCGUUGUUGUGCCGUUGGUGACGGACUGCAUCGCACCAGCGGCCACGGAGGUUUAUGGCCUGGCUGAGUCAGGCUCAGCCCUGGGGCACAAGGUGGCAGCAGCUCUGCGGACCAUCGAGGAGGCUUUGGAGCGGUACAGCCUGGCCCAGCUCUGCGUGGGCUUCAACGGGGGCAAGGACUGCACGGCCCUGCUGCACCUGGUCCAUGCUGCUGUGGAGAGACGGUACCCAGCGAGGCAGGAGAAGCUGCAGGUUCUCUACAUCCGCAUCGUGUCUCCCUUCCCCGAGAUGGAGCACUUCAUCCAGGCCACGGUGCAGAGGUACAAGGUGCAGCUCUGCACCGUGGAGGGCUCCAUCCGGGAGGCUCUGGUGCACCUCAAGGAGCAGCAGCCGCAGCUCGAGGCCGUGCUGAUGGGGACGCGGCGCACGGACCCCUACUCACGCACCUUGACCCCCAUGUGCCCGACGGACCCCGGCUGGCCCCCAUACAUGCGGGUGAACCCCCUGCUGGACUGGACCUACCGGGACAUCUGGGAGUUCCUGCGCCAGCUCUUUGUCCCCUACUGCAUCCUGUAUGACAAGGGCUACACCUCCUUGGGCAGCAUGGCCAACACGCUCAAGAACCCGGCCCUGCACUACACCGACAGCCAGGGCCGGGACCGGUACCGGCCUGCCUAUGAGCUGGAAAACGAGGAGGAGGAGCGCACGUCCCGCCGGUGACGGCACCCCGGGUAUGGCACUGAAUGAACCUGCUGCCCAUCAGCACUGAAUGAACCUGCUGCCCAUCAGCACUGAAUGAACCUGCUGCCCAUCAGCACUGAAUGAACCUGCUGCCCACCAGCACUGAAUAAACCUGCUGUGCUCAGCCUGCGUCUGCAUCGCUCGUGCUCGGCUCUGCCCAUCCCUUCGGGGCCUGGGGGGGGGAUGAGGCCAGCUCCGAACAAAAGGGUUCCCCCCCUGCACCCCUGCUAUUGUAGAGGCUUUAGAAGCGCAGUGAAUGGAGCAGGUUCCAGUGCUCACCGCACGCCUGCACGGCCGCAUCCCUGCAUCAGACCCCGCUGAGCCCUCAGCCAUGCGCCUGCUCCAUGCCCGGCCACUGGGCACCAAGAGGCGAUGGGUGAGGGCUGUGGCACUGCCGGCCCCUGCCGGGGCCUCGCUGGGGCUGCGCCUGGGCUCGUGGCUGCUGCGGCUGCUGCGGGAGUGUGUGUACCUCCUGCUCUGCAGCUGGUGUGUCCGGGACCUGCUGGACUAGGCAUGGACCAGCCCUGGCACCUCCUGCCUGCCUGGUGCAGUGAUGGACUGCCUGGUUGUUACCCCGUGCUGAUGGAGCUGAUGGACACCCAGUUCUGGGACCCCACUCUGCCAUCACAGAGACCCCAAUAAACCUGAGCAGCA